AUGAUGUACACGUUAAAGUGGAAGUACUUCGAGCUUAUUGUGUUCCUCCUGUUCACUUUGAAUCACGGUGAGCUGUUCAGGCAGCGGAUGCAGCAGCAACGAUACAAUCCCGCGGUGCCGCCGCAUCUCGCGCCACCCUGGGAGUACAUAGUUCGCGAGAUUAUCCUCAAGUCGGUCACCCCGUCGCCGGCGGAUGCCGAAGCGCCCCACAGGCGUCCGCUGGACGCUUCCUUCUAUGGCGGUCCGGUCGCUGUGUACUCGAACCACGACGAGAAUGUCACUCUGUCGCAAGGCAAAGUCUAUCACCUGCUCAACGGCCACUGGAUGCUGUGCCAGGACGGAUGCGUCGACUGCAAGCCGUGCGUAGCGCAAGGAAAUCCUUCAUUCAAGUGGGUCCUGCGGAGACUCAAGCGAUUGCCGGCUUCUAACCCGCGACAUGAUCUUCAGCUAACGAUAAUGCCGCAGGCGGAUAGACACUUCCACACGAGCAAUCUCUGGCCGAAUUCCUACGUCUACGUGACGUCCCCGGGAGCGACCUUCCCUGUCGGCAGAACGUACCAAGACAACGACUCGAAUUCCUCGGCCAGUCUGGAGAACAGUUUUCCCCAGCAGCAUCAUCGCUCGGAGAAUACCUGGCAGCUAAAGGAACAGGAUUCCGCUCGGCAGUAUGAACGCGUCAGCGUCCAGGAGAACGCAAGCACUGAGAAGACCAUGCGAGAAAAGUCACCUAGGCAGAAACACGAAUUCAAGAACACCUGGAGACAUCGUCCUCGAAAGAGACCCGUGAAAGAACUCCCGUUGAGCGCCCCGACCAAUCGCGAGGUCACUGUUGUCAACGACAGCGAAGAGUCGAAUCAAUUGGAGCCGAAAUGGAUCCUGGUAGUCGAUCAACGCGGUCAAAAACAGUUGAUUCACGUGGUGCCGUUGGACCCUGUGUUGACCAUCGCGCACUUCGUGAAUUUCCCUGCCCCAAAUCGCCUAACGUCGUCACACAUCGCGAUGGGUCAAGCGGCACGUUCGAACAAAAUCAUCCCUGAGCGCGAUGGGCAAACUUACCAGCCAUUCAGCAAGGUCUUCGAGUCCUUGAAGACGCACAGGCGAUCGAUCGAAGAUUUCCUCGAGUCGCCGGCGGAAGACGUGAACGGGCGUGAGAUGCAUCCCUCGGGGGAUAAUACGGAAGUCGCCGGAUUUCUCAAGAACAAUCGCGAUGCUGAUCGUACGAGUGUUGAUCUCCAGGCGACGACGCGGCUUGAUGGUGCGUCGUCAUCGUCUUUUUACGCGACAGAUGAUGGUCGGUUGGGGAUGCACCGAGGAUAUGGGAGUAGGCAUGGCUACGAUGACACGAAACAGGACAUGAAUCUAGGCAAAGUGUUGCAUAGUCAAGUUUUGACGAAUUUGGAUCGAAGCAGAGAACGACGAAAAAUACACAUCAAACCGUACUCUGUCGAUGGUACGAGGCAAAAUACUUUGAGAAUAAAUCCAUCGAUUUCAUCACAAAGUUCGGACUACUCUUCGGCAGUUGCUGUUCCGAAACCUGCUUUCGGAAAUGGCUUAGUUACAAACUCCGCGAAACAAAUCGAUCUUAAUGACACGUCAGAUAAUUGUUACUACCAAGUCGCCGGUAAUUCUAAGAGAACAUGA